AUGAUACAGGAAUUCAAUUUUUACAAAAAAAGUAAUGUUAUGAARACCACUGURAAAGUUCCGCUCAUUGGAUCACAAGACUUUUGGGACAUUUCUAGCAGAAAAAGUGACUCACUUUUAUUAAAAGCUGUAAAUAAUGAAAAAAUUGCAGAAAAAUGUGAUGCUGAACUUAUAUCAAAUAUAGAUCAAGUAUAUUUUAACAGUUCUGACUUUGAUUUUGCUAAAUUUGAACUAGAAAAAUUGCCAAGAGUYCUUGAUAAAAAAUUGAUUGCCAGUGAUGUAAAAAAACUAAGGGUGCAACAUGAAAUUGUUGAGAAACAGUUGCUACAAUUGAUUCUUGAAAAUCAAGCUGCAUGUGAUGAUGAAUUGGACAAAAUUGGAAUGUUACAGACCAAUUUAAAAUCUAGUAUAGAAAAUUGUGAACAUGCUAAGAAUCGUUUAAAACUAGCUAAAAGACAAAUCACUACAGCUGGCUUGGGUCUUUUGGGCAAUUGUAGAAAAAAAUCUUUAAUCCUAGAUUUAUUAAAUUCUUUAAAUAGUAUUAAAAUGCUGUUACAAACUGAAAAAAAACUCGAAGAAUUAGUGUCUCAAUCUGAUUAUGCUAAAGGAAUAGCAUUACUCUUAGAAUGUACUCAAGGUGCUUCCUCUUUUAAACAAUUUACUUGCAUUGCUGCAUUAUCUGUUAAACUCCAAGAUGCAUUAAUUAUGACAGAAGAGCAGUUAGACAUAGUCUUGUCAAAUAUAUGUUUCAAUUUUGAUAAAGAAAAGUAUUCAGCUGUUCAAGAAGCUUAUAGACGCUUGGGUAAAACAAGAAUUGCUAUUGACCAAUUGCAUAUGCAUUAUACAUCAGCAGUCCAUAGUACUUCAUUUGAUACAAUUAAUUUAUUUGUUAAUUCAGAUAAAGUGGAAAACAAUAAAAAUUCAUUUGCUCUUUUGUGCCAGUGUGUUCCCGAUGAACAAUUAAUUCCAUGUCUUAUUGCACUGAGUAAAAUAUUUUGGAACAUAUUACAAAGCUAUAAGAAUGCAGCAGACUGGCAUAGAGAAUUUAAAGAUAUUAGUACAGACAGUGAAGUCUUACACUGGGAUGGUAAAUUGCUUCCCGAUUCAACCGGAAAACAAAUUGUUGAUAGAUUGCCAAUUAUUAUAACUAAUAAUGGUAGUGAACAACUAUUAGGUGUACCUAAGUUAUUACAAGGCACCUCGAAAGUUCAAGCAGAAGCUAUUUACCAAUGCCUAGCUGAGCGGGGAUUAAUGGAUUACGUAAAAGCAAUGUGCUCUUAUACAACUGUGUCCAAAACGGAGUCAGUUAAAUUUGUAUUUUUCGAUGAUGAAAUUUCUGACAAUACAAAAAUAAAAAUGGUUCUAGCUUUGCAUAUUAAAAUUGGUGAAGAAUUUUGCAAUAGUAAAUCAGAACAAUUACAAAAUGAUACUAAAAAGUCUUGUAUCAGUUAUUUUCAUGCUUAUCAUAAAAAUUGUCUGGACGAGCUUACAAUAUUUUUUGAAAACGAAAGUUGGACUCCUUGUCCAGUGAAACGUGAAUUUAAUUUAUUUCAACUGCAGUACAAAGACAUAAAAUAUUUGUUUAAGACUGUAGCAGUAGCAGUUGAUUUACGAAAACCAGUAUAUGGUCGUGUGAUUUGUAAAUCUAUUGAUUAUAAUCAAGUGCUAAGUAUGAUGAUCAAAGUGAAUUGGGAGGUAAAAGAUAUUAUGUGUGAACACAGCAGAUAUGUUGAUUAUUUCCUACAAGAGAUACGAGCUUUUUUUAAAACUCUUAAAACAUCAACAUCCAAUAUAUAUUUAAAUGAGCAAGUAUUAAAUUCUAUCUGGGAAGCUAUAGCUGUCCUAGUAUCUUCUGUUUUUAUUGAAGGAUUUUCAUUAGCCAAAAAAUGUUCAAAUGCUGGUCGAGCAUUAAUGCAACUUGAUUUCACACAAUUUUUAUCACAAAUAAACUCAAUUUGUCCUCUUAAUCCAUUACCACAUAAAGAACUAAUCGAAGUGUAUAUAAAGGCUUAUUACUUACCUGAAACAUCAUUAGAAACAUGGAUAAGGGAUCAUCAGGAAUAUACUCAUAAACAAUUAUUAGCUGUCAUAAACUGUGUGUGUCAAAACAAUAAACGGUCACGACAAAAGCUGACUAAUUUAUUGGAAGAGUCUCUACAAAGAUAAUCUCAUUUUUAUUACUAAAUGUAUUAGUUAUUUAUUUUUAAUUAUUUUUAUUAAUUCAGUUAAUAUUAUGCAAUUAUAAAUAACUGAUAAGAUUGUUUUUUACUUCAACAAUUCAACCUAAGUGGGUUAAUUUUUUUAUGAAAUCUCCGUUCAAUAAUUAUUUAAUACUCAAUUACACUUAUUUUAUAGCACACACUAUUUUUUUCAACUUUUUCAACAACUCUGAAAACUAAAAAAGUCGACAACGUUUUCAAUGUGAAUAAUCAUUUUUGAUAGGACACAUGCUGAUAAAUUUGUUCACAUUUUUGCUAAGCUUACUGAGAGAAAUAACUUGGUGUCAAUGCUGGGUCCACUUUUUAAAAAACUUUUUUACUCUUCGUGUUGAUUCAUUCAAAUCGACAAGUGACAAAAGGUUMAUAUUUGUUCAGUGUUUUUGUUAUAUGAUGUAGUAAUAUAUGUAUCAGUCAUAAGGGUUUAUGACAUAUCAUAUAUCCUUACUAAUAUAGAUUUAAAACUAAAUACCUACGGAGAAUAAAGGUUAUUAUUUCCGAUUUAAAUCCUUUACUGUUCAUAUCUAGGAAAGUAAGAAUUACCUAAGUAUAAGUUAACAAUAAUUAUUAUGAAAUAACAUUUUAAGACAUUAAUUGUUUACUUUUAAAA